CGCGAGGCUCACAUCUCUCUCUCCAUCAGCCGCGGCGAGACAAUCGCCGACAGCUUCGACGGAAUCGACCUCCGCUGGCGGCUGAACUCCGCCUCCUCCGGCGAGAACUCGGGAUCAAGCAAACCGUCGUCGUCGUCGUCAUCGGAGAGGACGACGUUCCAGCUGAGCUUCGAGAAGAAGUUCAUGGACAAGGUGGUAGGGUUUUACCUGCCGCACGUGCUGGAGGCGGCGAAGGAGGUAAAGGCGGAGAAAAAGAAGGUCAGGCUGUUUUCGCUUGGGUCGUACGGAGGACGCAUGGAAGGGCCGUGGAGCUCGGUGGAUUUCGACCAUCCGUCGACGUUCGAGACGAUGGCGAUGGAGGAGAAGGUGAAGAAAAUGGUGGUGGAGGAUUUGGACAGGUUUGUGGAGAGGAAGGAGUUUUAUAAGAGA